UAACACAAGCCCGAGGCCACCGCCCCUUUGCCCGGCGCCACCGGAGCCGCUUCAGCGACCUGCGCUCAGCGCCGCACGAUUCCGUCCCGGUCCCGCAGCAUCGCCCCGGGGUUCUGAACCAUGGAUAACCUCAGUAAAUCAAACAUCACCUUUGCACUCAACUUAUUCCAAAAGCUGAGUGAAAAUGCCAAGACACAGAACUUAUUCUUUUCUCCUUUGAGUAUCUCCUCUGCUUUGUCCAUGGUAUUUUUGGGUGCAAAAGGUAACACUGCAGCCCAGAUGGCAAAGGUGCUUGCUUUGGACAAGGCUGAAGAGAUUCAUGAUGAAUACCAGUCACUUAUUUCUGAAAUUAACAAACCAGGCACUAAUUAUGUGCUUAGGAUUGCCAACCGGCUCUAUGGGGAAAAGACGUUUAAAUUUCUUGCAACAUUUAUAGACUCCUGCCAGAAAUUCUACCAUGCAGAGCUGGAACAACUUGACUUCUCUAGAGCUGCAGAAGAUUCCAGAAAACACAUAAAUGCCUGGGUAGAAGAAAAAACUGAAGGUAAAAUCCAGAAUCUGUUGGCUCAGGGUGUUGUUGAUUCAAUGACCAGACUAGUCUUGGUGAACGCCAUCUACUUCAAAGGCAACUGGGCAACCCCAUUCAACAAGGAUCACACAGUGGAAAGGCAAUUUAAAAUUAACAAGAAUGAGAGCAAACCAGUGCAGAUGAUGUUCAAGAAAGCUAAGUUUAACAUGAGAUACAUAGGAGAGUUUCAAACCAAAAUCCUUGAUCUCCCUUAUGUUGAUAAUGAGACUAGUAUGAUCAUCCUGCUUCCUGAUGAAAUCCAAGAUAAUUCCACUGGCCUGGAACAGCUGGAAAGAGAACUUACCCAUGAGAAACUUACAGAGUGGCUACAUCCAGAAAUGAUGAAGUAUACUAAAGUGGAGGUGUUUUUACCCAGAUUUAAGUUGGAGCAAGCUUAUGAUCUGAAGCCUGUUCUGAAGAGCAUGGAAAUGGCUGAUGCAUUUGAUAGCAACAAGGUGGAUUUAUCUCGAAUGUCAGCCAGCAAUGACCUAGUUCUGUCUGAGGUUGUUCACAAGUCCUUUGUGGAGGUAAACGAAGAAGGCACAGAGGCAGCAGCUGCUACUGGAAUAAUCCUUGUUGGGUGUGGUUUACAGAUUCCACCACAAUUCACUGCUGACCAUCCUUUCCUCUUCUUUAUCCGGCACAACAAAACUGGCAACAUUCUGUUCUAUGGCAGAUUUUGUUCCCCCUAAAAAGAAAAAAUGCAGCCCUUAACACAGUAAAAUUAUUUCCAUUUGACAAUCUUGUGAUUUUUUUUUCACUCUAAUCAACAAGCUUUGUACAGAUGCUGUAUGUUACACUGUCCAACCCUAAACACCCUUCUCUCUUGUGCCUGAAAUAGCUUUUUGUAGGCCUCUAUUCAAAUUUAAGAAACGGUUUUAAAUAACAGGAUCAUUUUCAGAAUGUCUGUUCCAAGUGGUGAGACUUAAAAUGGCAUCUGCCAUAGUUCA